AUGUAUAGGACAUGCGGCAAAAAUUUGCCCAUAGCAUCGGUGACUCGAUUGUCCAGUAGGGGAUUAUCGUACACGUUGCCCACAAUACCUCUUUUGGAAAACUUGAGAGUUGGAAACCAGAAUUUGAAUGGACUUUUUUCAAAUCAAACCGUCAAUGAAUUGUGGUUCAAGAGAGGUCAGCAUCUUAUUGAUCACCUCAAUACCCUCAUAGAACAGAAUCAAAUUGUUGGCUCUCACGAGCUCAAUGAGCUCAUAUCAUUAUCAUUUCAUAAACCAGAGCUUUAUGGUGUGCAUGCUUAUGCUUCGCUUUUGCACAAUUUGCAAUUCUUUUUGGAGUCUGUAAAACCAGUUGAAGGUGGAGAUUCUGCCAUCGAGAAGGCUUCUGCCGAGUCGUUGUUGAAGUCCCCAGAAAUAAGCGAAACCAUUCCUAAUGAACCUAGUGACACCGAACUCAGACAAUGGAUAAUUGACUCGUUUGGAUCGAUGGCCGAGUUUAGAACUUUGCUCUUAAAUUCUGCAAAGGGUAUCAAGGGAGAUGGUGUGACCUGGUUGGUGGCUAGAGCUAACCAUGCCGACCUGGCGCUUCGUGGUAGCAUUAAUAAAAGUAAGCCUGAUGUCAUCUACAGUACGUUGGCUGUGAUGAACACUUAUAAUGCCGGAAUUGUCGAUGAUUCCAUCAGAUCGGGUCAGAUAACCAAACUUAACAAGCAGAAGGCUGCUAAUCUUGCUUUGCAAAAUAAGGAAGAAGGAACCACAAUUAAAGAUCAAGGCGAUAACCUUCGUUUGGGAAGCAUUGAAGAGGCAGAAGCUGCUACACUUUUUUCAGAUAGAAAACUUAUUCCCUUGCUUGCGAUCGACUCGUCGUCUAGAAAUUACUUGCUCGACUAUGGUGUGUUUGGCAAGCAACAAUACUUGGAUAAUCUCUGGAAGUGUAUCGACUGGGAUGUGGUCCAAGCCAGAGCUCCAUCCAGAUUUAGACAAUCAUUUGAUUUGAAUUAA